AUGCAGAGGGUUCGAGAGCUCAAGGUCGAAGAAGCGACGAAAAGCGCGGCCACCACUCCACUUGCGCAAUGGAAGAGUGUUGAACCAACCGUGUCAGUUCAUUCGGCUCAGGCAACAAUCGGUGCACUCCAACCACCCUGGAACCCUGACUUCGUCGGGCGAAUCGUUGAUCUCGGGAUGAUUGACGAUAGAAUGAAAGAAGAAGGCCAUAUCACUGUGAUUCGUGGGCCUGGUGGGAUCGGGAAAUCUGCAAUCGCUACAGCUUACACGUGGAAAUUUAAGAGCUGCUACUCGUACAUAUUUUGGGUCCCUGCGGAGACGGCCAUGGUUUGUGCCGACUCCUUCUGCCAGAUUGCUUUGAAAGUGAUAGCAAAUGCUGAAGAGGUGGCAGAGGAGGAACGACUGGUCAACAUGGGGCGUGAAUUCCUUGAACGAACAACGGGGCGGUGGCUUCUUGUGUUUGACAAUGUGGACGAAGGAUUUGAUCUUCGCCGGUUCCUCCCAUCAGACAUGUCCAAGACGCACGGUUCAGUUCUCAUCACUACACGAAAGACAGACCUCGACGUGUCACUUUUGUCCGACAAGACUUCUGCCAUUGACUUGAAUGCCCUUACCCUAGAAGAGAGCCGUGAGCUGCUUCUCAAAUCUGCCAAUCAAGGCGAACCCGUCGAAGAUAUGAGAUCGCAUCCAGAGUACAAGUUAGCAGGAGACAUAGCUAAAAGAGCGGAGAAACUCCCACUAGCUUUGUCGCUCAUUGCUGGAUUCGUCCUGGCUUCAGAAUGCACACUGGCAUACUUCGUGGAGCUGUGGAAUGAAAGGCAGAUGUCGCGAAAUGCACGAGAUGCCUCCUCUGACGCCAAUGGCGCUAUGGAGAUGGUGUGGAAUAUUGGCUUGAGAGAGGUCGAAACGGAGGCACGUCAACUUCUCAACAUCCUAGCAUUCUUUGACAGCGAUAAUAUUCAAAAGGAUUUGUUGGUGGGACCACAUGAGGAUCCGUUGCUUGAGAUGCUACAUUCACACUCACCUAUGCGCAGAUGGAACCGGAUGACGAGCAAGCUAUCGAAAAGGCGUCUUAUCACAGUACGAAAUCGCGAUGGCGAAGAAGCCUUGACCAUCCACCGCAAGCUGCAGGCGAAGAUCCUGGAGGAGCUCAAUCAACCCGAUAACGUUGCAGAACGAGCCAAAGUCUUUGAAAGGGUCUUCUUGCUUAUUCGAGGGCGGUUCCCCCAUCCUUCGCCAAUUCAGGUUCCUGAGCCCGAGAAAUGGCCCAUUUGCAGACAAUAUUUGCCCCAUGUCUUGAGUAUAAAACGAUUGUGGCAGUCGGGGAUUGUCGAGAUUCCACCUUCAGUCAAGCUAGCCCGGCUUAUUUCUGACGCCGGUAUUGACCUGUGGGAAAGAUGCCUGACAGUCGAAGGGCUGGAGCUUCUCAGAUCAGCAGAAGCUAUCCUCGACCAAGGCGGAUUCCGAGAAGAUCUUCUCCGUGCUAACAUUCAUGUUGUGGUCUCGCUCCUACUCCAAGACUCAGGGAUAGCCCAUCUGGCCGAAUGUAGAGACCGCAUUGCUAAGGUGCUCGACAUUCGGGUCAAACAUCAUGAGAACUGCGAUCCAGCUGAAUACACGAAAAACGAUGAUAUAUUGCUUCACAACGCGUGGUCAGAUUACGCUUGUGUCCUUUUGCAAUACAACCAGUUCCGAGAAGCAGCGCGCAUUUUUGACAUGUGCUUCGAGAAAUAUCAGCGAUGGGGACCCCCAGAAGAGAUUCCGUAUGAGUACGCAAAGUAUUACCAUCACAAAGCCUACUGCCUCAUGUACGAAGGAAACUUUGAACAUGCCGUUCCCAUGGUCGAGCAUGGAUUGCAUUGGGUGCAAGUUGCCACCGGACAAUCAGCAGCCGCCAAUAGAUGGCGCUUCGACCUUGCUUGUUUGGUCCUGCAAAGUGGUGACAAAGAGCGUGCUCUGGAUCUUCACAAGGAGGUACUAGAGGCUAGGCUAAGGUUGCACGGAAAAUUCGGGUUGCUGACUUUCCAAAGCUAUUACGCUGUUGGGGCAGCUCAUAGGUGGUUGAAUGAAUUGAACGAGGCGGAGUAA